GACUGGCAACCAGCAUAAACUCUGGCCAACAACAGCGUUUGGUCGUACAAUACUUGAUUUUCGUUGCUUGAAUCAUACGUUGCGUAGCUGGGCAAAUAAAACGAGGGCGAACAUGGCUGAUCCAUUGGAGGAAUUCCACUCGGUCCUCCGUGAGCUCGCAGAGGACCAAGAUGAGCCAAAUAUGACCAAGAUCCGUGAUGAAUAUGAGAAACUCCUCAAUGCGCUCACCAAGUCCCACAACAACGAGAAAAAGCUCAUGUCGAAAUGCAAGGAACUUAGCGCAGAGAUGGCGGCCGCCUCAACCAGAUUUGACGCUGCACGCAAAAUGUCUCAGGAUGACGACGCAACAAUGUCUGCACUAAAGACGGAAUUAGAAAAAGCUUGGCAAAUGGUUGAUAGUGCUUACAAUAAAGAGCAAGCCAAUAUAGAGACGAUCAAAAACUUACAAGAAGAAGUUAGCACUCUAACACAGGUAAUAGAACAACAAAGUUUGGCCUCUGCGAACCAAGAUCAGAGUGAUUUACUGAAAAUGAUUGAAGACUUGACGAAUGAACGCGAUCGCUUGAUGACAACAGUGGAGAGUCUAAGAGAACAGCUGGACAUCACCAGUGCAAGCAAGCAAAAGGCAGAGACUCAAAGGGAGGAUGCCUUGAAUAACAUUGCACAGCUCCAACAUGAAAUUCAGCUAAACCAGAAUGACAUUUCCCGUGAGCAGAGGUUAAAAGAAAAACUUGAAAAGGAGUUGAAUGAGAUGACCAUCGACGUAGAAACAAAGGUCAGAGAGAUCCAAACUCUGAAAAAGGAUUACCAAAUGUCCAAAGACGAGCAAAUGAGAUUAGCGCAGCAACUGAAAUCCAUGAAGCUUGGAAUGGAGAAAAUUGCCAAAGACCUGGAGCAUUUGCAAGUUAAGACUAACAAACUGCAGCGCGACCGAGAUCAUCUCGUAUCGGUCAGGGAAUGUCUCUAUUUGGAGAAUCAGAAGAAUUUAAAUGAGAUAAAGAUAAAAGAAGAUGUUAUAAAUCAAAUGCGUCAGGACAAUUCCAAAGAAAGAAAGAUGAAAGAAGCCAUCCAAAAGAGGUUACGUGUAAUAGAGGAUCAGAAAGCUGAAGUGGAAGUACAGAGAGGGAUUCUAAAAACUCGGAUUGCUGGUCUAGAGAGAGAGUAUGAAGCUGCAAAAAAGCAAGGGGAUGCUGACAAGAAAUCAAUUAACGACCUAACCAGAGAACGUGACAUGUUAACUAAGGAAGUGGCCAAAGUUGCGGAGUCAUUGGAGACGCAACAGUGCCAUGUGAUGGAACUCGAGAACGACAAAAGGGUAUUGCAACAAGAGAUCAACUGCCACUGCAUCGAUGCUGGGAAGCUGCGCAAGUUCAUCUCGGAUCUGGAAAAGGACCGGGACCGCUUCGUUAAUGAAAACAACAAUCUUUUGCAAAAGGUGCAACAAAAAAUGAAUGAAAUUGAAACAAAUGAGAUGGCAAUCCAUAACUGGAAGAAGAGAGUCACAGAGGAAGAGUGCAAGCUCAAAAGGAAAGAGGAACUACUGGAUUCUGUAAUAACAGAACGAAACAAUUACAGCAAAAAUCUUGUUGAUGCUCAGGACAGCAUCGCAAAGUUGAAGAUAAAGAUGCGUGCAAUGAAUAACCAGAAUAUACAGUUGAAGGAUGAGAUAGAAGCAAAGGAAUUGACAAUUCACAAAGAACAGCAGCAACACAAGCGCUUAGUGCGAGAUAACGACAAUCUCAAGGGAGAGUUGAAGUUGACCACCCAGCAACUUGAGGAAGAAAUACGACGCGUUGAGCUUCAAAAAGCAGAACAAGAAAGACUUCAGAAAGUUAUUGCUGACCACGAAAUUGAGCAUAUGAGUCAGAGAAAACAAUUGGAUCAAGUGACCCGGGAACGAGACAACUUGGGAAAGCAGUUGCUACGACGCAAUGAAGAACGAACUCUUCUGUAUGAAAAAAUCAAGAUCCAGCAAGCAAUCAUAAGCAAGAGGGACUUUCACCACAACAAGCGAAUGGAAGACAUCCGCCUGCUCAAGUUGGAAAUCAAGAGGCUCAUACGUGAAAAGCAUAUCUUGGACAAGACGGUACCAAACACUGAUGAUCUAAAACGGGAGUUGUUUGCAGUGCAAAGGGAAUUGGCUCAAGAAAGGACAAGGAAUGGUGUCCUCCAGGAACAGCUAAACCCUGUAAAUAUUCACCGGUGGAGGCGACUGGAAGGCAGUGACCCUUGCAAGUAUGAAUUGCUCCAGAAGGUGCACACGUUACAGAGAAGACUCAUCAACAAGACUGAAGACUUUGAAGAACAGGAAUUCUUAUUACAGGAAAAGGAAAAGCUGUACGUUGAGCUGCAGCAAAUUUUAGCCCGGCAGCCAGGUCCUGAGGCCCUUGAGCAGCUUCAGCAUUGCCAAUGGACUUUAAGAGAAAGGACCAAAAAACUAAUGGCACUGACUGCAGAGGUGAGAGUGCUUGACUCAAAAAUGAAUGAGUACAAAACGGAGAAUCAAAGGUUGGUCAAUGAGAUGGCAGAUCUCAAGAAGAAGUACUUCAGUCAGAAAAAGCUACAAAGUGACAAGUCCAAAACCAAAGGAGAACAGUUGGUGCUGCCUCAUCUCAUCAACAAGCCACAUUUUUCUGGUGGAGGAUUCAAGUUUGAUGAACUUUUCAGAUGACAAAUUCUAAAUAAGUGUGACAAAUUAAUGUAGGUGAAUAUCACUAAACAACCUCAGGAAGCCUGAAAGCCUUGAAUGUUGGAAAAUCCAAGGACCCCAUUACAAUUGAGAAAUGUGUCAUUGACACAGUAGAAGAGAAAUCUCAGAUUAUAAUAUUUUUAAUAAUUAAAAUACUAUUUUUGCAGGUCUCAGUAUGAAUAAUUUUUGGUGUGUGAAGGUGUGUGUUAUACCCAACUUAGACUAUAGGAUUUCAGUCCGAUUUCAACCCCACAAGACGAGGUCCUGCGAGGUGGAUUGAGGGCGGGGCUGAGACGCCUCGUGUAGUUUUCUCACAAAGCGGAGGGGAGGUGGACCCAAUGGGAAAUUGGACUGGGAAACAAAAUAACUUACCAUGUAAAACGGGGCUAGAAAAACAGCUAAUACGACUAGGUGCUCGGAUACACAAUGACAGACAACCAGGGCUACAGGCAAGCGUAACGAGACAAGAGGCAGCAGAUUGGUCAACACACAGGAGCAGGCAAAACAGGUGAAAGGUAAUGAGUACUGGAUUACUUAAGUAAUGAGUACUCGAGUACUUAAGUAACGAGUACUCAUGUAAUGAAGUAACAAGUACUCAAUUAUUUGAGUAAUAGUACUCGAGUACCAAAGUAAUGAAGUAACAAGUACUCGAGUACUUAGAUAAUGAGUACUUGAUUACUUAAGUAAUGAGUACUCGAGUACUUAAGUAACGAUUACUUGAGUACUUAUGUAAUGAAGUAACAAGUACUUGAGUAUUUAAGUAAUAGUACUCGAGUACCAAAGUAAUGAAGU